AUGUCACGUUUAAUUGUUAAAGGGCUUCCCAAAUAUUUUACUGAGGAUAAACUCAGAGAACAUUUUUCCAAACAAGGAGAUGUCACCGAUGUCAAAUUAAUGAAAAAAAGAAAUGGUGAGUCAAGACGAUUUGCAUUUAUUGGAUAUAAAUCUGCUGAAGCAGCGGAAAGAGCUGUCAAGUUUUUUAACAAGUCAUUCGUAGAUACAGCUAGAAUUGAUGUUGAUUUUGCUAAAACAUUUUCAGAUCCAACAGUACCAAUUUCAUUUAAAGAAAAACGAAGAAGAGAUGAAGAACGAUUAAGGGAAGAGCAAGAAAGACUUAUCGAGCAACAGAAUAGAGCUGAUGCAAAAAGACAAAAAGUAAAGCCAUCAUCUUCAAUUGAUGACGAAAUUUCCAACAAUCCAAAGUUAAGAGAGUAUAUGGAAGUUAUGAAACCUUCCCAUCAAGUAAAAUCAUGGGCAAAUGAUGCCCUUGCUGAUGGUUCUGGGGGUCCUUCUGCAAAAGAUUUGGAAGAUGCAUUGAAUGGUACUGGAGAUGAGCCAAUAGAUAGAUCAAAAUACGACGUCGUCACUGCGGAAGAUAAUGCAAGUGAUGAUGAAUACAACGAUUUCAAGGGAUUUGAUAACCAGAAAGAAGACGAUGAAGAGGAAGAGGAACAAAUGAUGAGUUUAUCUGAUUUACCUCAAGAAAAGAAAUCAGAGGGAGAAGAACAAGAGAAAGAAGAAGAGAAUUUGGCAGCUGAUACAAAUGUUUCAGAUUUGGAUUGGCUUAAGUCAAGAAGUACUCGUAUUAAAGAAAAUGGUGAAGUGCCUGAAAAUGAAAAAGAGGAAAGUCAAGAUGUUGAAAAAGAAGAAGAUGCAAACUAUGAAGAAACUGAACCAGAAUUAACUCCUGAAGAGAAAACAGUUCAAAAAAUCGAAGAAACUGGAAGAUUAUUUAUUAGAAACAUUUCUUAUGACGCCACAGAAAAGGAUUUCAAAGACUUAUUUCUGGGGUAUGGACCACUUGAAGAAGUCCACAUUGCUAUUGAUACAAGAACGGGUAAAUCAAAAGGUUUUGUUUAUGCACAAUUUGUAAAAAGCAGUGAUGCAGUUAGAGCAUACAGGUCAUUAGAUAAGCAAAUCUUCCAAGGUAGAUUGUUGCAUAUCUUACCUGCUGAUAAAAAGAAAGACCAUAGACUUGAUGAAUUUGAUUUGAAGAAUUUACCCUUGAAGAAGCAGCGUGAGCUUAAAAAGAAGGCACAAGCUUCUAAAUCUCAAUUCAGUUGGAACUCUCUUUAUAUGAAUAGUGAUGCCGUUUUGGAAUCGGUUGCUGCAAAAUUGGGUGUCAGUAAGUCUCAAUUGAUUGAUCCUGAAAAUUCUAGCUCAGCAGUGAAACAGGCAUUGGCAGAAGCCCAUGUUAUCGGAGAUGUCAGAAAGUAUUUUGAAGACAGAGGUGUUGAUUUAACUACUUUUGACAAGAAAGAAAGAGAUGAUAAAAUCAUUCUUGUGAAGAAUUUUCCAUUUGGUACUACUAUUGACGAAAUUGGUGAGUUAUUUGCAGCAUAUGGUCAAUUGAAACGUAUGUUGAUGCCACCUGCCGGUACUAUUGCAAUUGUUGAAUUCAGAGAUGCACCAAGCGCAAGAUCAGCCUUCACGAGAUUAGCAUACAAGAGAUUCAAGAGUACUAUUCUUUAUUUGGAGAAGGGUCCUAAGGAUUUGUUUACUCGUGAACCAACCACAAAUGAAGUUGUCAAUGUUCCAGCCGAGAAGGAAGAGCAAACUGCAGUCGAAGCUAAAGUAUCUGCAAGUGAAAUUUUGGGUGAUGUUAAUGAAGAUGAUGCAAGUGAAGAAAUUCAAGGUCCUACUGUUUCUAUCUUUGUUAAGAAUUUGAAUUUUGCUACUACAGUUCAAGCUUUGUCAGAUGUUUUCAAAGGUUUGCCAGGUUUUGUUGUGGCCACAGUAAAGACUAAGCCAGAUCCAAAGAAUGCAGGAAAGACCUUGAGUAUGGGUUUCGGGUUCGUUGAAUUCAGAACAAAAGAUCAAGCCAACGUGGCUAUUUCUACACUUGAUGGGCACGUACUUGAUGGACACAAGCUACAAUUAAAGUUAUCUCACAAACAAGGUGGUACUACUUCCUCCUCUGCAUCCUCAACCAAGAAGUCAAAGAAAUCAUCCAAGAUUAUUAUCAAGAAUUUACCAUUCGAAGCCACAAGAAAAGAUCUUUUGGAAUUAUUUGGUGCUUUUGGACAGUUGAAAUCUGUCAGAGUGCCAAAGAAAUUCGAUCAAAGUGCACGUGGUUUUGCUUUUGUUGAGUUUAAUCUUAUGAAAGAAGCUGAAACUGCUAUGAACCAAUUAGAAGGUGUACAUUUACUUGGUAGAAGAUUGGUUAUGCAAUAUGCUGAAAAGGAUGCUGAAGAUGCUGAAGCAGAAAUCGAAAGAAUGACAAAGAAGGUAAAGAAGCAAGUUGCAACUCAAAAUUUGGCUGCAGCUAGAUUGACAGGAAAGGGUAAGAUUGAUUUGGAAGGGAAGGACGACGAUUUUGAUGCAGACUUUCAAUAG